GCGUCUUCCCGGCCCCGGGAGGCUUCGUGGAAAACCUGAAGACGCUUUGCCGGGCAGUGUGUGUGUGUGUGGGAGAAAGCCCUUCCUUUACUCACGCACCCCGAAAUGGCUCGGAGGCAGGACGAGCAGAGAGGGGGCGCGCCCUUGAUGGCAGAGGGCAAGCCCGAGGCGGAGGUUAAGCUCAUUCUGUACCACUGGACGCAUUCCUUCAGCUCUCAAAAGGUGCGCUUGGUAAUUGCUGAAAAGGCAUUGAAGUGCGAGGAACAUGAUGUAAGUCUGCCCCUGAGUGAACACAAUGAGCCUUGGUUUAUGCGUUUGAACUCAACUGGAGAAGUGCCUGUCCUUAUCCACGGGGAAAACAUAAUUUGUGAGGCAACUCAGAUCAUUGAUUAUCUUGAACAGACUUUCCUGGAUGAAAGAACACCCAGGUUAAUGCCUGAUAAAGGAAGCAUGUAUUACCCACGGGUACAACAUUACCGAGAGCUGCUUGACUCCUUGCCAAUGGAUGCCUAUACUCAUGGCUGCAUUUUACAUCCUGAGCUAACUGUGGAUUCCAUGAUCCCAGCCUAUGCAACCACAAGGAUCCGCAGCCAAAUUGGUAACACAGAAUCUGAACUGAAGAAACUUGCUGAAGAAAACCCGGAUUUACAAGAGGCAUACAUUGCAAAACAGAAACGACUUAAAUCAAAGCUGCUUGAUCAUGACAAUGUCAAAUAUUUGAAGAAAAUUCUUGAUGAGUUGGAGAAGGUCUUGGAUCAGGUUGAAACUGAAUUGCAAAGAAGAAAUGAAGAAACCCCCGAAGGCCACCAACCUUGGCUCUGCGGAGAAUCCUUCACCCUGGCAGACGUCUCACUCGCUGUCACGUUGCAUCGACUGAAGUUCUUGGGGUUUGCGAGGAGAAACUGGGGAAAUGGAAAGCGACCAAACUUGGAAACCUAUUAUGAGCGUGUCUUGAAGAGGAAAACAUUUAACAAGGUUUUAGGACAUGUCAACAAUAUAUUAAUCUCUGCAGUGCUGCCAACAGCAUUCCGGGUGGCCAAGAAAAGGGCCCCAAAAGUUCUUGGCACCACUCUUGUGGUUGGUUUGCUUGCAGGAGUGGGAUAUUUUGCUUUUAUGCUUUUCAGAAAGAGACUUGGCAGCAUGAUAUUAGCAUUUAGACCCAGACCAACUUAUUUCUAGUUUUGUUGGGAUCUGGGUGUGGCCACUCAUCCAGCCAUUCAGCUAGACCCUUAUCUACUUUUCUAGAUCCAGUGAGGAAUUAUCCUGGGCAACUAGUAAAAAGCAUAAUUUACUUUACUCUUUUGGUAGUUUAUGUGGGAGGAGGAGGUUAUGAAAAUGUUUUUUUGUGGGCUGGUAACUGAGAUUACUUAUUUGCAAACCUGAACUAAUCCAUCCUUAACACAUGUGCAAGGUCAAGAUACGUAAAUGAAGACAGGUAGAGAAUAGACCUUUAACUCGAAAUGCCAGUUAAAGUUCUGAAUUAUUUUUUGGGAGAAGGUUAUUAUUAUGAGCAGACAGUAACAAUAACCUGUGAUCGAGACUAUGUAGUUGAGUAGUUAGCAGUAUUUUCUGCUGGAAUUCAGAAGUCUUCUUUGUUCCACAACACAGGGGCUUGCAGAUAGCAAGAGGGCACAGCGUCGCCUCAUCCCACCACUGCCAGCUUCAGGCAGAAAUAUGGGAAGCAAAGGGAAAAGGGAGAAAGGAAAAUGGAAGAAUGGAGUCUGUAUAGGGUGGAGUAGUAGAAAGUAACCUUCAGAUGCCUCCAACGUCACUAAUGGCUGCCUGUCCCUUUAGUAAACAUCACAUUUAACUGCUUGUGGCCACUGCCUGCACAUACACUCCUGCAACUAAGAACUCUUGGGAGGAGAGGAAUAGAGAAUCACUGGGGCAACUGGGCUGGAAGGAACUUCAGACUUUACAUAUAUAGCACCUCAUUUGACCUCACAGUUAAUUCUAAAAGCUCAUGAAUCACACUCAUUGCUUUAGUAAGAUUAAGUGCUUGGGGAUGAGAUGCCCACUGGAACGAGUCUGCCUAGCAUUGACAUGAAAGUUUUAAGUGAUAUUAUGAUGGUUCUUUACCAUUCUACAUGGUCUCCACUUUGAUGAUGCCUGUGAUAAUAUCACUCCUGUGGACCAUUGUACCCAGGGGAAGAAGGGCUUGGCCUCGACUGCCUUCUUUAUGCACAUAUGUGGCAUUUUGGUGAAUGUCCCAGCUAAUCACUAGCAUGUGAUGUGGCUGGGUAGUGGAUAUUUUGAUGAUCCAGGAGUACCAAAUAUGUUCAUUCUUCAUUUGGGGAGGCUGGUGCACUAACACAAAAACUUGUCCAGGCCUUGCAUCUGUUUGUGAUCAUCAACAAAGCCUUGUUAAAGAGAAAGGUCUAGUCUUAGCCCUUGACAAUUAAUUUAGGGGAGAUGGAUAGAUAGUGAUGUCCACCUGUAUUCAUUCAUGCAUGUCUAGGUACUUUGGGAGGUACUCCAGUUCAUCUGGAAGGGACAAUCCCUGUAUGUCCCUUGAGCAACCAUGGAACUGCAAGAUGUGGUUUAUGCUCAGAAAAAGUCUUUCAUGGUGACAGGAAGGCAGUUUCUCUGGAUCUGGCCAUAAAGGCUGUGGGAACAGUUUCUGACAGGUAGCUUGUGCAGAGAUGAUGGAUAAAAGUUUCAGUGAACUAUAUAAGUCCAAGCUUGCUUGGACUGUCUUAGAUUCGCUGUGCAAAAUAGCCAAAGAAUAUAUUGACUUUUUCAUUAGUAGAGAACAAAAGUCAUACCUAGGAAACAAUGAGUUUUUGAUGGCAAAACAGUUCUGUAAUUCCAUUUUGUUUCUACAAUUCCAUUUAGUGAUGCAGUUGUAUUAGAAAAUCUUGAACUAGAUGUGCCCUGCUAAUAAAAAUUAAUAACACCUGUAAGGUAAACUCAACAAUAAUUAAUAGUUAUUAAUAG